AUGUUGCGUUCGACUGUUGGCAAAAGCACCCUAAGAUCAUUGAAUUUCGUUGCUAAGCGUGCAUAUGCUGAAGCUGCCGCUGCAACAUCAAGUUUGAAAUUGCAAUUUGCAUUACCACAUGAAACUUUAUAUAGUGGCUCUGAAGUGACUCAAGUAAAUCUGCCUGCUAAAUCAGGACGUAUUGGUGUUUUGGCCAACCACGUUCCUACUGUUGAACAGUUGCAACCAGGUGUCGUUGAAGUUAUGGAAGGAUCCAAGUCCAAGAAAUUCUUCAUAUCUGGUGGCUUUGCGACAGUUCAACCAGACUCACAAUUGUGUGUGACUGCCAUUGAAGCUUUCCCAUUGGAAUCCUUUUCACAAGAGAAUAUAAAAAACUUACUAACAGAGGCCAAGAAAAAUGCAAGUUCAUCAGAUGCUAGAGAAGCCGCAGAAGCUGCAAUCCAAAUAGAAGUUUUAGAAGGCCUACAAUCUGUGUUGAAGUAA